AUAUUAUCCAGCCUGGAUCCAGUAUAUAUUGGCAAGUGGAGGAGUUACACACAACUGAAAAUGUGCUUUUAUAUGGCCUAUUCCUUUUGCUAUCAUGGCCAGACGUUGCUUUCUAGUGAUAAAUGUGGGGAAGCCAUAAGGUCGCUACAAGAAGCAGAGAAAUUUUAUGGGAAAGCUGAAGCAUUGUGUAAGGAAUACGGGCAAACUAAAGGCCCUGGGACCACAGCAAAGCCCUCUGGACACCUCUUUUUUAGAAAACUGGGAAAUUUGGUUAAGAAUACACUAGAGAAAUGUCUGCGAGAGAACGGCUUUAUCUAUUUCCAGAAGGUUCCACCAGAGGCACCAGAGUUGGAGCUGAAAGCCAACUACGGCCUUGUAGAACCUGUGUCUUUUGAAUUCCCUCCAUUAAGCUCACAGUGGACUGAAGAAACGCAUGCAGCAUUUGACCUUACUAAGCGACCAAAGGAUGACAGUGUUAAACCUAAAAAAGAAGAGGAGGUCAAACCAAUAAAGGAACCAGACAUUAAACCUCAGAAGGACAGUGGAUGUCAGAUCUCAUAAAGAAUGGACAGGAUAAUCUUCUCUUAUCUUUUCUGCACUCAAUUUCGCUGAAACUCUGACUUGGGUUACAGUAUGCCUUUGUACUGUAUUAUAUGCUUGUGUAAUGUAUAGGCACAAUAUAGAGAGCAAUAAGAUUUCUUAAGAUAGAUUUACUUCUGCAAAUUCUAUUUGGGAGGUUCCUUAAUAUAUAAAAUAUGUUCAUAAAAGAUUAUUAAAACAAUGUAAAAUGUGAGCGAAUAUAAAAUGAUGUAAACCUAACAAAUCUAUGUGUCUAUAAAUAAUUUACAUUUAUAAAAAAAAUGUUUUAUUGAUUGCAUCACUUAUUUUAUUAGAAUGUCUUUAUUACAUUAUUGUAAUAUACAGAUUGGUCACUAAUUGUAAAUAAAGAUGGUUUACUAUGGGAGGAAAA